GCAGAAAAACGCAGAGAUAAGCUGAUUUUUUAUUAGCUCCGUGAGAAAUGCAAGCUGCUCCGUAUCUAACGUGUUUUUAUAGUCAGUUGUCAAGGCAAUUCCUUCUUUAGAGUCCUGUUCUCAUUGCACAGUACCGGCUAAACUAUGAAGUUCUUUGUGUGCGUUCUGGUGGCAACUUGUUGCGUGGCAGGUGCUCUGGCCCUCACUGAGUGCCAGGCCGUUAGAGAAAAGGAGUUGAAGUCCAACUCCCAGGUGAAGCUGGUGCCUCGAUGCACGGAGGAAGGCGAGUACGAAGCGAAGCAAUGCUUUGAGGGGUCCCCCUUCUGCAUGUGCUGGAGGCCCGACGGUUCCCACAUCACCGAACCUUCCCUCAAGAUCAAGAGCUGCUCCUGUAUCGUGCACAGGGACCAGGUGCAGAGCAGGAGACUGGUCGGCAACUACCACCCUCAGUGCGAGCAGGACGGCACCUACAGCCGCAUCCAGUGCCACGGAGGUAUGGGCUUCUGCUGGUGUGUGGAUGAGAACGGAAAUAAGACUGGCAAGGACCUCAACGAGUGUUGACCGCCUCUUAUAUUUUUAAAAUAAAAUAAAAAAUGUUUCAAAAUUUG